AUGACUUCCAAACUCUUUAAACCGAAUGCAUAUCAAACUGUUACAGCUUCAAUUCCUCGAAAUGAUCCAUUCACCAGGAAACUAAUCAAUGCUCAUUCACUCUCCAUCAUCAAUCUCACCCAGUACAAGCAUCAACAUUAUCGAUUCUUCGGUUUUCCCCUGAGACAAAUUCAUGAAUCGAGGAGAAUCUCCUCCUUAUCACCAACUUGUUCCCUUAGCUCUGCUACCCCACCUGCUUCCAAAGAAGAGGCUAUUACUCAGGCCAAGAUUUCGCUCUCCUCCGCCCUGGAGAAACCUCUCAACAACCCAAAACUCGCCGGAAAAAUGAAGAAAUUAAAGCAGCCCAGGUUCCGGAUCGAGAUUCCGGUCAUUGAUGACUCUCCCUCUUCUCUUGUUGAACUUGCUAUUGAAGUGUUUGGAGAUAUGCCCAUCAAAAGGAAAGGCUCAAAAAUCAAUAUACUUAUUUUUUGGUCCAACCAGAGUCUGAAAGAAGCUGCGACAGAAGCGUUUGGGUCUCACAACGGGUCUGUUCUUGUUGAAAGUGCCGAUCUUUCAUCUGUUUUUGACAGUGAGGAGAAGAGAAAUUUGAGUUCUGCUGAUGUGGCCGUGUUUUUGGCGCCGGAGGCUUCAGAAUUGGCGGUUAUCAAGACUGUAACUGAGAAUCUCAAUCCUAAGCCAGUGGUGCUGUUCAACCCCAAAUGGGCUUUUGAGGAGGAGAGUGAUUUUGAUGGAUUAGGCGGCUUUCUGAGCUCAUUUGAAGUUCUGUAUUCAUUUAUGGGGUUAGAGGUCAAGGGCAUUUUCAGCAAGAGAAAAGGUGUUAUCUUUAAACGUGUAAAGGAUGGAGUUACUAGUGGAGAAAGAUGGAAUGUUUUGGUUGAGGAAGAAGGAGAACUGAAAGCGGUUUCCAGUUUUAAAGCCCGCCCCUCGAUCAUCGAAGUAGAGACUGUUUUGUAUAACUUGAUGGCCAUCAACUCGCCAAUCACCAAGUCUGCCAAGUUUCUGAAGGAUUUGGUCUCAAAUGCAACUGGAAAGAAAUAG